AUGCACCUCCAACUGACAAUAGUGCAUCGUGAAAGGAAUAUCGUUUUUGUUUACACAAAUGACAAUAACUACGUACUGCGGGUGAAGGAAUACAUCACCAGGGUGACCGAUAUCCCAGUCGGAGUUCAAAAGUUGUCAUUCGGUGGAAUGCAAUUGAGAAAUAACAAGAAAUUGAAAGACUACAAUCUACCCGUGAAUGCUGGCUUAAUUCUUACCCUAUCGCAAGGCCACGCUCUCAGAUACCAAAUCUUCGUGAAGGUGUCCUUCAGGAAUAAUCCAAUCCGAGUGCGAAUUGGUCUGGGCACCACGCUGAAGCAGAUUCAAGAAGCACUAUCGUCUUCAUUGCAGGUUCCUGCAAAUCAGCUUAUGCUCUCCCACAACGGUCGAUUGUUCGCAGAAAAGGAUGCGGAUAAAACGUUGGUGGAUUUGGGUGUUAAAUCAGAUGAGGUGCUCGAAUUGAUGGUCGUGGAGAUGAGUUGA